AUGACCAGCCUCUUUGACUCGCGCCUGUGGACAGAUCUCAUCCUGCCUAUGAGCCAUAGCGAGCGCGCGGUCAAUCACGCCGUCGUGGCCUUGAGUACCCUGCACGAAGAUAUGGAAGGACGCGAUCAUCAACUCGUGCGCGAGGAUCUGUCGAAUAGACGGCAGCGAUUUGCACUGGAACAGUAUACGCGCUCGCUAGCCAUGCUGAAUCAGCGCCGGCAUUCUCAGGACCCCAUGUUCAGGGAAGUGCUUUUAGCCUGCUGUCUAUUGUUUAUCGUGUUUGAGCUACUCCGUGGAAACUAUGACCCUGCUCUUAUGCAUCUUCAGCAAGGGCGGUCGAUCGUCGAUGAGCAAACCCUCUCUCCUGAGAUGCGGCGUUCUCUGGAGAGCACUCUAUUGAAAACAAUAUCCCGAUUAAGGCUCCAGUCGAUCUUCUUUGGCGGAACUACAUCUACCGCGCCGAGCUUCACAGCUGAUGAUGAUAACGGAACGAGCAUUUUCGAGUCUCUUCUAGAGGCACGCGCAGCGUUUGAUGACUUGGAAAGUCGUGUAAUCUCCUUUUUAAAAGAAUCUUUUAUCAUUCCCGUUGCAGAGCGUCUCGCAAGUCGACACCCACACCUAGGAGAAAAGCAAAAAGAGCUCCAUAACCAACUGCACGAAUACCUGAAGCGUCUAAGGCGGUCUGAGGCUCAGGUCCUCGCAGGAAACGAGCCCAGAGUACAGAGAGGGAUAACCUUGCUUCAUCUACACCACAAGACAUUCACAAUAUGCGUCGAUACCAUUCUCUGUGGAGAAUAUGAGACAAUCUUCGGGACAUAUACCCAAGAAUUUCAAACAAUGCUCGCAAUGUGCGAGCGAAUAUCCCUCACUUUCAGGGAAGAAAGCAGGGCAAAGGACUUCUCACGUCCGACUCUGUUGCUAGAUACGGGUAUUGUACUUCCGCUAUUCCUCAUUGUCUGGCGAUGUCGCCACCUGCCCACACGACGACACGCGAUGCAUCUCUUGGAGGAGUGGCCGCAUAAAGAAGGAUUGUGGGAUUCUCGGCUGCUUUGGCUGUAUGGGAAGAAAUUGAUGGAAGUGGAGGUAGAUCUUGCGUCUUCGCACGAAGAGGGACAAAAUAAAAUCGAGAAAUCUUAUUUUCGGUUGGCGGAGGACCAGAAGCAUGCGGUAUUGUUUUAUCGGACUAAAGGGUCUGAACCGGCGGCUUUGGACGAACAGAAGGUUGUGUCAUUAGAUGGGAGUGAAUAG